AUUAAAAAAACAAAAAAAAACAACAACAACACAACAACAACAGAACUAUCACAUGCUGUGUGCUUCGUGUUUCAUUCACUUUCAUUCUUCUUGUAAACUGCUGAAAUAAAAGAGAAGCAGUUUUGUGUUGAGGGGCGCUGUGGAGUCUCUCAGUAACAGACGCCGUCUCUUUCCAGUCACUGUUUAAUCCGAACAGUCACUUGAAUGAAAUGUCAAACAACAGCUCCAAUAGCAGUAACCUGGUUCUUGCCCAGAAAGCUGUGAAACAGCUGCGGCUUGAGGCAAGUGUCCGGAGAAUCAAGGUUUCACAAGCUGCGGCUGAACUGAAGACAUUCUGCUUGCAAAAUGCCCAUAGGGACCCGUUGCUUGUGGGGGUUCCAUCCAGUGAUAAUCCAUUCCGGCCUCCAAAAUCCUGUGAACUCUUCUGAGAUGAAAGGACGAAGGCCCCAUAAACAAGUCUUACAAGUCGCUCUUCAUUCACUUCAUAAGUGAACUCUGCAACUGAUCCAACACUGCUUUUACAUUUUCACCAUCAUCUUUAUUAUUAGCAUAAAGCGCUAUAGUUUAAACCUGUUGUUUUUAUGUGUCCUGUAUUUGACCUUUUUAAAAUAGAGAAUUUUAUGUAUUGUCUAAUUACAAUAAAAAAUAAAGUUUGCUUGCAGACAUAAAAGAUCAAAUAAUUCUCAGCCUGUAGUGUGUUGUAUAAGAUAUAACUGGUAUAUAAACUUGCUCGUGAACGAGGGCAUACAUUAUAUUUAAGAUAGGUAGAUGUAUGUAAACACAACACUGUUGCUAUGAAUACCACUUCUUUUGUUUAGAUUACGGUAUCUUACUUUUAUGUAAGGCUCAAGACAUUUUGUCAUAUUGUUUUCUAAAAAAAAAAACAAAUAACACUAAUCUCUCUCUUUUUCAUGACUCGUAUUGUGCCAAAAUACCACGCAAUAAAUAUAAUAUGAUCGCA